UUCGAAUGCGCAACAACGAAGGCAACCUACUCUUGAAAAGAUUUCGUUGCAUUAGUGAGACUCGAGAGGGUCUGGUCGAAACGUUUCUAUCAACGAUUACCUGCUUAUGUUAAAAAGGAAACGUAAAGAAAGAAGAAAAGAUAAAAAUUCAAAGUGAAAAAAUUCGAGUCCAGGUAACAAAAAAAGAAAACAGCAAAAAAGAUAGAAAAUAUGGUCGGUCCCAACGUGUCUUUGUGACUAACCGUUCCGGAAGGUGGUGGUACAUCCUCCACAUCAACGCAAGGUGCAACUUUGCGAACACCUUCCGAACACGAGCGACUUAACACGGAACUCGCGACGCUUUGUAAGAAUUAUGAAAUUUAUCAGAGAAAUACAUACAGGUCUAUCCUGUGAGCCCUGUAACAGGGCCUGGUGCGGCGAGAUCCGUAUGGGAAUUAAGUCCCGAUCCCGACAUGGUCGGGCAUCUACCCAGCAACCUGCUUUCGAGUGGCACACAUCAGAAUCAAAAUUCUGAUAAAAGUACUGAACGAAGGAACAGCAAUGGACCUGAUGACAAUAUAUAUACCGAGGCAGCGUCGGGCCAAAGUCCAAGCGAUGAAACUAAACAAAUUUUUGAUCUUCUUAGAGCAAGUGAGAUUGAAGCGGUCGAGGAGUUGGUAGAGAAAAGUGGAUUGAGUAUAUUAAAUGCCCGAGACGAAUGGGGAUAUACACCUGCUCAUUGGGCUGCUUUGGAUGGUAACAUCGAAGUGAUGAGAUAUCUUAUAGAACGAAGCGGACCCAUUGAUCAUUCUUGUCUUGGAACGCAAGGCCCCAGGCCUAUACAUUGGGCAUGUCGAAAAGGGCAUAGUGCUAUAGUGCAAUUAUUAUUGAAGGCCGGAGUCGCCGUCAAUGCUGCCGAUUUUAAAGGUCUAACUCCUCUCAUGACAGCCUGUAUGUUUGGAAAAUUUGCUACAGCCGCUUUUCUUCUUGGAUCUGGUGCACUGGGCCAUUUGACGGAUAUCAAUGGAGAUACCGCGCUUCAUUGGGCCGCUUACAAAGGACACGCCGAGUUGAUCAGACUGUUGAUUUACAGCGGUGUUGAUUUGCAGAAACCCGAUUAUUUUGGAUCUACUCCUCUUCAUCUAGCUUGUUUAUCGGGAAAUAUUAGUUGCGUUAAGAUAUUAUGCGAAAAGAGCAAGAUCGAACUGGAGCCUCGAGAUAAAAAUGGUAAAACUCCGUUGCAACUGGCAAAGAGUCAUCGUCAUUCCGAGAUCGUACGCAUAUUACAAGCCGAGCAAAAGCGGAGAGCUAGAUGGAUUCCACCUAUCAAUGAACUCUGGGCUCUGCUAUUUGGAGGAGCUGGUAAUAGUAAAGGACCAUUGCUAUUGUUUAUGAUAUCAGUUUUACUUUGGGGUUAUCCUAUGUAUUUACUUAAAUGUAUUCCAUUGACUUGGAACCUUUUGCGAGGAAGUCAUUAUUGUUUUAUUCAUUGGAACAUCGUUAUGUGGAUAUCAUGGAUAGUAGCAAACAGAAGAGAUCCCGGUUAUGUACCACAAAAUAGUGAAACUUAUUACAGAGCUAUAAAGCAGAUACCAUAUUUUGAUAAAUGGAAAAAAAGAAAUGUUUUAUUAUCGCGUUUGUGUCAUAGCUGCAGAUGUUUCAGGCCACUGAGAGCCAAACAUUGUAGAAUUUGCAACAGAUGUGUCACAUGUUUUGAUCAUCAUUGUCCUUUCAUAUAUAACUGUGUUGGAUUGAGAAACAGAAUGUGGUUUUUCUUAUUUGUAAUGUGUGUGGCGAUAAACUGCUCGUUUACGUUGUACUUUGCUUGUUAUUGUAUGGCUAUUGAAGGCAUCCAAUUGUUAUAUGUCUUGGGUGUAUUGGAAGCAUUAGUUUUUUGUGGUCUUGGAUGGAUACUAACGUGCACUUCGGUACUCCAUGCUUGUAUGAAUCUAACAACUAACGAAAUGUUUAAUUAUAAGAGAUAUCCGUAUCUAAGAGACAGGAAAGGUAGAUACCUAAAUCCAUUUAGCAGAGGUCCUGUACUUAAUUUCAUUGAAUUCUUCCUUUGUCCUCCUGAUCAUCGAAUAAACGAUCCUCAGCAUUAUCAAAUUCUUACUGAAGAUGUUAUGUAAUAAAGAUGUCAUUUGUAAACUACACUUUGUAUGCAACUUGACAAAUGUAAUUAUUUGAUUUUUGAACUUUUGACAUACUCACAUUGAAUAACACCGCCAUUUAUAGUACACGUUCAUGCUAAUAAAUUUUUUUUUUUUUACUGCAUCGAUUUAAAAAUCUGCUCGACGCGCUUUAAUAAAUAAUUCUUUGAAUACAAUUGUAUAGUUUAUUAUAUAUAUGUAUACUUGUGAUCAUAAAUAUAUUUAUUACAAAAUA